AUGUCAAUUUAUCUGACAUUACUAGAGAGGCAAUUAAAAACCGCCGAGAUUGACGAGGCUGAAUGGGUCUCUCAACUACUGUCAUUAUUGCCGUUAGAUUUGGCUCACAUCAUAGCGAAAGAACCGGAAGACAAAGCUCAGGAUUACGAGCAUAUUAAACAAGUUUUGCUGGAACGAUUUAAGAUAAAAACUGAGACAUAUAGGCAGCGUUUCGUGAGCCAUCAGAAAAAACCGAACGCAUUGUGGAAGGAAUUAAUUUUUGAUCUGGAACAUUUCUUAGAUGGUUGGCUUUCGGGAUCGGGUGUAACGGAUUUUACCGGGCUAAAGAAAUUGUUAAUCACCGACCAGAUAAAAAAACGCGUCCCGAGCCAGAUAAGAGACCAUUUUCUAGACGUAUGGUCGGAGUUCGUAGAUCCUUUUGUUCUAGCCGAGAAACUAGACCACUACGAAUCGGUGCGGACGAAAUCCAACUUUGUAAAAUUCCCCGAAAGAAAAAUGGUUGAGAGAAACAGACCGUUUUCGCCUAAGGAAGAAGAGAAGUAUAAAGCGACGGAAAGAAUGGCAAACGCUAAACCCAAUGAAAAUAAAUCGUGGAGGAAUUUAGCCCCACAAAGGAAUUGGAGGGGAGACAAUUUUGAUCAGCGGAAACAAUUACAAUGUUAUGAAUGCCUGUCUACGACGCAUUUAAGGCCAAACUGCCCUCAAUUAAAAAAGAAUCAACCGACAGAGCAGAUAAAUCACGUAAUUUGGGUGAAACAACCAUUGGACUUAGAUUUGAGGUGUUUGCCUCUGGCACGUGUAAGGCUCAAUAGCCCAGAGUUCGGGGAGGUCGUCACAAAGGCCGCUAUUGUUGAUUCAUCUCUCGAUCAAGGAAUUUACCUUCUUAGUAACGCCACGGCCGAGUUACUUAACAAACGUAUCAGUAUUGCCACUGUGAAUGCUGUCACUACUCGUUCACAAAAGAAGGGGGAAAACGCGAAAGGGGAUGGAAAAGCAAGGAGAAUAGGAAGCGGGACAGGAGGGAAGAAUGAGAUAGAACCUGAAAUGCAACUGACAGAAGAAUCGUUACCACCCAUUGAGAUAGGGGAAGGAGCUGAAGAUUUAUUCACUCCGUUCAAGAUAACUCAAGAAGAAUUUUCAAAGGCUCAAAUGGACUGCGGAACCUUGGAAGAAUGUAGGGAACGCGUUAACAAAGGACAUGAGGGAUUUAAAAAGGAAAAGGGAUUGUUUUUUAGGGUAACAAAAGAUCAUUUAGGAAACCCGAGAUCUCAAUUAAUUGUGCCGAAAAAAUUCAGACCGGCAAUAUUAGAGAUGUGCCACGAGUCGACGUCGGCACAUCUGGGGGUAACUAAAACGAAAGAUAGGGCCCUAAAAUAUUAUUUUUGGCCAAAUUGUGUAAAGGAUAUCGAGAAUUACGUUCGCUCGUGUGAUCCUUGUCAACGAAUCGGUAAACCAAGGGAGAAGACAAAGGCCCCUCUCAAAUUAGUUCCCGUUAUAUCGGAAAUUUUUAGCAAAUUAAAUAUUGAUUGCGUAGGACCAUUACCCAUUAGUGAGAAAAACAAUCGAUAUUUGUUAACGGCGAUGUGUAUGUCUUCAAAAUAUCCGGAUGCAAUCCCUAUAGAAGACCUUACGUCAAUCACAGUGAUAAAUGCUAUGUUAAACGUUUUUAGUAGAAUGGGGUUCCCCCGUGAGAUACAGUGUGAUUGGGGUACGUCGUUCACUAGCUAUUUAACCACAGAAUUUUUUGAUAAGUUCGGAAUAAAAGUCACUCAUUCAUCUGUGCGGCAUCCCCAGACAAACCCGGUAGAGCGUUUCCACAAAACCAUUAAGCGACUUCUAAAGGUACUAUGUUUAGAGUCCGGGAAGGAUUGGGAGAAAAAUCUUCCCGCAACUCUGUUAGCUUUGAGAACGGUUACUCACGAGAGCACAGGAUUUAGCCCCGCUGAGUUGGUUCACGGAAAAAACCUAAGGACUCCAGAAGUGCUGUUAUACGAGCACUGGGUAGCACCGAAAGAAAACGAAACGGCGGUAGCCAAAUACAUGUACGACUUAAUAAACCGCAUGAGACGUUGUCAGGAUAUAGCAGUAACCAGGAUGUUGGAGACGCGAGAUAAGAGAAAAUUAUGGUAUGACAAAAAUGCUGUCCAUCGCCAAUAUAAAUCCGGUGAUCAAGUGUUGGUGCUCGCAGCAUCUAUGCCGAAUAAACUAUCAGUACAGUGGAUAGGGCCAGGCAAAAUUCAAUCUCAAUUGUCGGAAACGAACUAUAUAGUGAAAAUGACAGGAAAGGAGGCCAAGCCCCAAAUUUUUCACGUUAAUCUGUUGAAACCUUACCAUAAAAGAUUGGCGGAGGUGAAUCUAGUGUUCCACGAGGAAAAAGUGAAUGUGGAGACGGAAAAUGAUUUAGAGAUCGCAUACCCGACGGGAGACGUAAACGCGUACGAUUUCGAGGAAAUAUCUCGAAGUAGCAACUUAGAAGAGAGGUUAACGACGGAGCAGAUUGGGGAACUCAAAGAGUUGUUACAUAAACAUAAAACAGUUUUUUCAAAUAAGCCGGGAAAAACCCAUCUAGUUGAGCACGAUAUAGAACUGAUCAGUAAUCAGCCGGUUCGGUCGAAGCCAUAUCGCACAUCACAACGCCAAGCCGAAAUUUUGAAAUCGGAAAUAAAGCAGAUGUUAGAUCUGAAAAUAAUUGAAAUGGGACAAUCAGACUAUACAUCACCAAUGCUGUUAGUAGAGGCACCGGGAAAGGCCCCAAGACCUUGUAUUGAUUACCGAAAAUUAAAUAGUGUAAUUAAAACUGAGUACUUCCCCUUGCCCAAUUUAGAAGAGCGAGUAGAAAGAGUUUCCGCCGCAAAAUUUAUUACGGUACUAGAUCUAGCGAAGGGCUACUGGCAAAUUCCAAUGACGAAGAACGCAAGUCGGUUAGCAGCGUUCGUAACUAAUUUCGGGACGUAUCUCCCUCUAAGAAUGCCAUUUGGAUUGGUGAAUGCGCCAUAUUUUUUUAGUAAGAUGAUGGCUGAGAUAUUAGGGAAUUGUGAGAAGUAUGCAGUACCUUACUUAGACGAUAUUGCGAUCUAUUCCGAAACAUGGGAAGAACACUUGAAACAUGUUGACGAGGUUCUUAAAAGAAUAGGAGCGGCAAAUCUAACCGUGAAACCAUCAAAAUGUCAGCUAGCACAGAGCCGGACGAAAUAUUUAGGACAUAUGGUAGGAGAUGGCGUUCGAACACCAGCCGAAGCAAAAAUCAAAGCAGUGAUAGAUUUUCCUACCCCCAAAACAAAAACUCAGAUACGAGCUUUCCUUGGGCUAGCGGGUUAUUACGCACACUAUGUGGAAAAAUUUUCUGUCAUAGCCACACCUUUAACCAAUGCAUUGAAAGGUAGGAUGACGAAAGAGCAGAUUAGAUGGACGCCCGAAUGCGAACAAGCAUUCCAAGAAUUAAAAAUGAGUUUGACAAAAAAACCCGUCUUGCAUGCCCCUGAUUAUACAAAAAAAUUUAUAGUCCAAACUGAUGCGUCGGAUGUAGGGAUGGGAGUUGUAAUGUCUCAAUUAGAUUCCGAAGGCAAGGAACAUCCUAUUUUAUAUCUAAGUAAGAAAUUUUCAGACGCGGAAAAGAAAUAUAGCACGACUGAAAAAGAGUGUGCUAGUAUAGUAUACGCCAUAAAGAAGCUUAAAUUUUACUUGGAUGGCCAGCACUUCACUAUUGUCACGGACCACAAUCCGUUAGUUUGGCUAAAAACCAAUGCGGGUAACAACCCUAGAUUGAUGAGAUGGUCAUUGGCUUUACAACCAUACAACUAUACUGUCACACAUAAACCGGGCAGUAAGCACCAGAAUGCUGAUGGUUUGAGCCGCUGUAACCUUUAA